CUCCGAGCUUUCGAGGUAUUGGUCGUCAGAUGUCAAAUAUGCGCCAGAUGCCGGACCAUCGCUUGCUGGCUGCCAGCGACGUGAUGAUAAAGGGCUUCUCAUAAUCCAUUGCAAAGAGCCUCCUGGGCGUACGGAAGGGUCUCCUGGAGUGAAGUUGAGAGACGUAGAGCAGGCGAGCCCGUCGAUGUGGGUCGUCAAAAAUGCCCUGCACCGUAUGUCUGGAGGACUUCAAGGAGAGCUUUGAAUCCGUCCAUAAGGCACCUCAUGCCCUCAAGUGUGGACAUAUUUUUCACGGCGAAUGCAUACAGACAUGGUUCAAGGCCUGCCUCAGCGCCGCGGGGAGCAGCCUAGCCUGUCCGCAAUGCAAGACGUCGUGCAAAGACACGACAGAGUCUUUUCGCCUCUAUCCUACCGAAGUGUACGAUCUCGACGCCCAUCUGCAGCGACGUGCAGCAGUGACUACCAGCGGAAAUCUGCCUUCUUCCUCUCAAGGCGUGUCUGGCGAUCAUUUCGUUCAACGCACGCGACGAACCCUUACGGGGGCACAGGCAGAUACGGCCAUCACUGUCAAAGAAGACGCAGAUGAUGCUACAGACAAGGGAAAGCUGUCACUAGAGAGCGAUGAAGUCCUCCUAGGCAGCCUUCUCGAUUUCACACGCUCCCUGCAGGCGUAUGUCAUUGCUGUACAUGGAUUGCGGCUCCAGACGGUCCGAAAGGCGGGAAAGAAGGUAUUUCAGUUUGUAGAUCAGCUUGUUUCGGACGAAGAUCAGAAGGCUGAAAUUCAGACAUGCAUCGAGAGUCUGCAAGUUGCCAUGGAACAGUUCGAAGGGGCCAAGAACAAGAUGCUCGAGCGUACAUUUAAGCGCGACGAGGAAGAGCGGUCGUAUCAAAAGAAGAAAGUUAAUCUACAAAAGAAGAUGACUGCGCUAGAGUCGGAUAAGCAGCAACUCAAGCACGAGCGCGCGCGCGACCUCGAUACGCGCAAGCAGCUGGACGAGCUGGAGGCGAAGCUGAUGAAAGAGCAGAAGCUGCUCGACCAAGCCAAACAGAAGCUGCAGAUUGAAAAGGAGGCAUCGUGGAAGGACGUGCGCGAGGCCAACCUCCGCGCUUCGCACGCCAAGCUCGAAGCGAAUCGAGAGGUGGCGCAGAUGCGCGACGAGAAAGAAACGGCUGUAAGCCAAAUGCUGGAGGAAGUCAAAGAGUACAAGCAGCGCACCAAACAGGCUGAGGAUGAGCGCGCAGCGAUCAAGCGCAAGAACUACGACAUGGCCAUGGACAUGCGACGCAACUUCGACAAGCUCGACAAGCUCAAGGGGGAACGCACCAAGAUGCAGGACCAGCUGGAAGAUGCGAGGCGCGAGGUCCAGAAGCUCAAGGUGGACCUGGCACAGCAUCAGCGGGAGGCACAGCACCAGGUCAGCGCUUCUGGCAGCGCUAAGGCUUCCAGCCGGGCACUAUGCGCAACAGGAAAGCAACCUUGGAAUGCUCGCCAUGCGGCAAUCUCCGAUGCUGUUGGUGGUGAGGAUUCAUCAGUGGGUGCGUCCGUACUAGUCGACAGGACCAGUAGCAGCAGCAGCGGAGGUAGCGGCGGCAAUUAUCUGGGUAAGGCCAAAGCGAUCGAUGUGCGCAGCUCCUCGCCUCUCCACCUUUCCUCGCCCAGACAUCGAGCCUUUAAACUCCAUCAGGGCAUGUACGACGUGGCGAACACCAGCGUCGCGUCGUCCUCUGCAUCUAGACAACCAGGUGAUGACAGCCUGGAGAUCGUCAAUGAGCCGCGCAUCGACUUUGACACCGACGAUGAUGGGGAGUACAUGAUGCCUGGCGGGAUCGGGAUUGGUCAGCCGGCAAGCAGGAUCGCAGCGGGCCAUACUGCGGUCACCGCCACUCAUGGAAGUGCUAAGCCGCUGAAGGCGAAGCAAGUCUCGGCACCUGGAGCAUUCAAGCGCGCAGACCCGGAAUCGAUCGAACUAGCCGUGGCACCUUCAACACCGCGCAAACGCAAGCACGCUUCUGCUUCCAGCCCGCACAAGUCACCAGUGAAGAGCCCAGAAGACCGACAGUGGCAAUCGCCAUACGUGCUCGCUGUGUCAUCGCGAAAAAGGCACGCCGGUAUUCCUGCGUUGCAGCAUGCGCGGUCAGAACUUGCAUUUGCCGACAUUGAUGACGAAGAGGAGGAGCUUGGAAUGCCGACAAUUCUUAGUGCCAUCGCAAAGGAGAAAAAGAAGACGUUGCCGGUGACAACGGGCGCCAGCGACAUCAGCAACCCUGCUUCGAAAGGCUCGAACGUCACGGCGACGGGACGCCGACCAAUAGAGGUGGAAAGCACCCCCAAAACUGCGGACGAGCUAAGGAAGGAGAAGAGCAGGGUCGCUGAUAUGCAUCUGCGUCGAUUAAUGCAGAGCACCCUCUCUGGAACAGUCGCGAUUGGCGCCAGGCGACGCGCGUGAUACACUUGCGAGGUAGACAGCACCGGCGGCAGCGGUAUACAUAAAGGAACCUCGCCAUGGUACGCAAAUUGAGGAUCUAUUGGCAUAUACAGAGUGAU